GUAUGUGUGUGUGUGUGUCUCGAGGUGCGAUUGCUUGAAAUAAUUAAUAUUUAAUUAUGCACACGAGCGAUUUACGAAAAGCCGAAUAACGAGUUUGCACAGCUGCACAUUGCAAACAGAGACAAAGUUCUCACGGGAGUUGAAAUUUGCAUUACCAAGUCGAGUUGCCAUUUAUCGUCUCGAGUGCAACCUCGACUGAAGCCUGAAAUGAUCGGAUCGAAACUUCCCCUCGAAAUGUAUCUCGAAUGUACUCGCGAAUAUGUCCUCGCGCGCGCAGCUGGACUUUGGCAUUGACUCAAAUCACGUUGAAAAAUUUUCCUCGGCACCGGCGGGGAAUCGCGCCAGCAAUCGGCAAAGUCCCUGAAUCAAUCUUUUGCUCUUAGCUUCCGCUGCUUCGCCGGUGUUUCAUGUCCCGUUGUCUACGAGCACCUGGCGAGCCAGCACAACAUAAAUUCGCAUUCGUACGUUCUCGCGGCUUAACCGCCGCGGAAAAAUCGUAAUCGAUGGAGCGUACGCGUGAUGCAGGCGCUAAUUGACGCUAAAUCAUCGACCGGCUUAUCUCGACACCGCGUUGAAACAAAAUAAGACUCGAUUCACGGCAUGACGCGACGCGGCGCGGCGCGGCGCGGCGCGGCGCGGCACGGCAUCGUCCAUUUACGGGUCGGAGAUUUCCUUCGCGAAUUAAUACGAGAUGAAACGAUGGAAGAAAAAAAGAAAAAAACAAAGACCGCAAAGACACGCUCGAUUAUUACUUUCCGCUCGCUCUGUCGCGUCGAUUAUACGCGUCGGUCGAUGUUCGAUUCUCGGCCCGACCGUAUCGUAAAUUAGUAAUUUACGUAGUGAUUGGCCAUAAAAAAUGAUGGCACUGGGCGAUGGCACAGGAUCGAGAUAACGAAGCCGCUUUUGGAGAGGAAGAGACGCGCGCGAAUAAACCGUUGUCUCGAUGAGCUCAAGAAUAUCAUGGUGGACGCCUUGGAGACCGAGAGAGAGAACAUCAGCAAGCUGGAGAAGGCGGACAUCCUCGAGCUGACGGUCCGUCAUCUGCAGAGGCUGCAGGCUGCGCGACCUUCCGGAUUAGCGACGGCCGGCGACGACGGGAUCUCCGCCGAAAAUCGCUGGCAGCGCGGAUUUGGCCAUUGCGCGGCUGAAGCCUGCAGAUUCCUCUCGUCGCUGUCGGGCGAAGCCGCGGGGAGGCUGGCGAGGCACCUCGCGUCGGGGCUCCAAACGAGCCGGCAGUCCAGUUCACCACCGCCGAAAAUCAACCUUUUAUCGCCUGGCCUAACGAAUCGCAUCGUUAGUAACGAGUCAUCAUCUUGCACCGUCGACGUCUCCGGCGAAGUUGACUCGGAGAUAAAUCGCGCUAAUGUAUCGCCGAUUACGUCCACAUCUCGCGCCGACAAUAAACAUGGCGACGAGGGCCAUGGCACCGAGCCGUCGACGACAGUCGUCUUCGCGACUCAGUGUAGAGCCUCGAUGUCACCUGUUAACGACAAGGAGAAAUUAACAGCAAGUUGCAGCGCGAAACUGACGAAGGACCAGAGGGAAACGGCAAUCGCGACAGCGACAACAACGAAGAGCAAAUCGUGCAACAGUUCGCAGGACGACGUUAACGCCGAGGACGAUGAGGAAAUUGACGUCGAACGCGUGGAGGAACGCAACACAAUAUGGAGACCGUGGUAGCGGGAGGACACUUUGUUUUAACAAUCAAUUUUAAUGACGUACAUUCCCUAUGCACACUCCCUUCAAACUGCGUCCAUUAUUUAUUUUAUAGAUGCGCGUUUUGAUAAAAUUAUUGUUGAAUAGAUGUUAGGGAUGACGCAAAGGAAAAUUUCUUUUUAUUCCAGAUUAUUGUUAUUUAAUAUAACAAGGGUAACACACGUGCACGUGUGUUUCUACCUUAUCUCCUUGCAAGUACAAAAUGAUCUUUCCGACGAUGAUAUUCCGAGACAUUCGAGAGUUAUUUUCAAUAAUUUAUAAACCGCGCGACAUCAACGUACAUGCGUACAGAACGUACAAAAGUACAGAAAGUUUAUUGUGGAUAUCACUUGGCAUUAUUAAGUGCUGGUUGAAAAAUAUCGCAUAGAACUAUACUCGUGUACUAAUAGAAAUUGAUGGAGAGAUCAUCGAUAUCAUAAAAUCACGCAAUGUUAUGCUAUAUUUAUAAGUUAAUCUCCUUAUUAUAAUUAAUAGUGUUGUGUUGAUUCUACGUUAUUUUGAUAGACUUGGCUUUAAAUAGAUAUAAGUGAUAGAUAUUUUUUUUCUUUAUGCGAGAUUAUAAUAUACCAGAGAAACGUUUAAAAGAGAAUUCUUUCUACACCGUGUUCUUACUUAAGAGAAUUAUAGAAUCCGUCGAAAUAAUAAGAAAGUAUUAGAAACGAGAAUACUCUCUACCCUUUUUUCUCUGCAGAAUUAGUAAAUGAUAUAUCUCAUGAUAAAAAAUAAACGGAACUAGUUUAAAUAUGAUUUAGAUCAGAGCUCGGCAAAGUUUACAACUUUCGACCGAUUUUCGGAAGCUACGCCUUC